AUGGACAUGCUAGGAGACCUCGAGUCCCUGCAGUUUGAGUAUGGGAUUCAAGAGGAAGAUCGCAGCUUGCUGUAUUUGCAGGGUCGUUCUCGGGGACUGGUGAUCAAAACCUUUGCCCAUGCAACCUUCUGCAAGCUACUCUGCUAUUUGAGAGAAUCAUUACAUGAGAAGCAAUCUUCCAGAUGUCUCUUGACUAGAGCUCCUGAUGACACGCUUGGUGAUGAUGUGUUGAAGGUGGGCACCAUUGGAGGUGGCCACCUUGGGAAGCAGCUGGCUAGUGUGCUGCUUUAGCUUGUCCCCAUCCCUGCUGAAAGCCUGCGGAUCUCCACUCGGAAACCAGAGGCCCUGGAUGAGCUUCAGAAACUGGGAAUCCAGUGCUUUUACCAUAACACUCGUCUGGUGGGCUGGGCCAACGUCAUAUUCCUCUGCUGCCUGCCAUCUCAGCUGCCUAAAAUCUGUGUGGAAAUUCAAACCAGGCUUGAGAGAGCCUGCACUGUGUACAGCUUUGUAGCUGCUGUCCCAAUACCCAGGUUGAAACUCCUGCUGAACCACACCAGUAUCUUGCGGCCUCAAUACCAGUGUAGUGAAGAUUUUGUCAACAUCUGGGGCGCCAAUAAGGAAAUCACAACUGCCCCAGAUCCUGUGAUCCUUCAAGCUACCUGCCCCUACAGUCCAGCUGGGGGAGUUAUCCUCAACAUCAAGUGGUUGGAGGGAGUGUUCUAUGCAGCCCUAAACAUCUGCACGGCAAAGGAAAUGCCCUGCUCCCAGGCACUGCGGCUUCUGAAUGAACUGUUCCUCUCUGUGCACUUUGAAGACUGUGGGAAAGAUGGAGCAUCUUGCCCAAAAUUUCAACUCCAAGAUUUUGUCAGCAAAGCCUAUGCCAAGAACCUGACUCAGAGAAGGCCUUUCCCCUGGUUCGAUUUGACUGCUGUGCAACUCAAGAAAACUCCCUUCAGUCAGCAUCUCUCAACCAGUGCUUCUCUCCAAGACCACCUUACUCAUCUGUACUGUGAUUCAUUCGGCAUCUCCCUAACCAGAGAAGAACAGCCAGUAGUUUCCUCAGCUUCUUCAUCCCAGUAAGAUAAGAGACCUCAGAAUUAGGAAUUUUUUUCUCUCUCUCUCCAGUGGUUGUCCCCUGAUUAUCACAAUUGACAGUGGGAGUCAUGUGACUAUAUUGUGUUUGCCACGUGUUAGGCAUCAGAAUAUUGUACUGAUGGCUCUUUAAAAUGUUGUGUAAAACAAGAGGUCUCUUACAUCAGAAUAUUUGGAUGUGUUUGUCUUUGGAAGUAACCAAAUGAAACUAUAUGACCUAACACAUUUAAGUAAGCUGCUUCCCCAGGAAAGCCUUGGUGAUAUAGAUUAUCUCUCUUCUAAAAGCUAAAUUCAAGAAGUUAAAAUGUCAUUAUCAGUUACAUACUGCAGCUUCUUUUCCUUAAGCAGUAUGUAGCUGACAAAUGACACAGUUUGAUUUUCCUACCAUUUUUGGGUAGAGAAGUAAAAUGUGUGGUAAACAAUUUUAAUUGAAUUAUGACUCACUUUAUGCUAAUUUCAGCUAUAUAGGACUGUUCUGGUCUAUCUUAUUUAAAGCUGUUCCCAUUUAAACCAUUUUAAACCAUAAAAUCAUUUUAAAAAAUAGGGCAUUCAUAUUAAAUGGCUAAAAACAAUUUUGCAAAAUACAUAUCUUAUUGCUACAAUGCAAUUUAUUUCCUUUACAUUUUACAAAUACUUUGUCAAUUUUAAUAGAGUAGAAAACAAUAGCAAUGAUCAUUCAAGUUGAGGAAAGAUGACAUUGACUCUGUCAUCAAUCAGAACCAGUUUGCUAAAUGCUACUUUUGAAUAAAAUCACUCACUAUACACUUAAGCCACUAGAGUGUUAGGUUAAUCACCUACAUUUUUCUUUUUGCAUAAUUGUAUUUUAAAUAUUUUGCAUAAAUACCAGGCAAACUCAAUGGUAUAUUGUUGCAUGGCAUGAGAUAAAAUUCUGUUAGUCCAAUUUGGAAAAAAAAAUAGGUUCAUCAUCAGAUAUUAACACUUGGUAUGAAUGCUAAUUUGAGGCAUUGUUUCUCCUCUCAGUAGGAAAAAAAAAUGGAUUCCUUAGCGUAUUCAUUCAGGUGUUAAGGGAACUGGACAAGGUACACCAUUGCCCUUCUGGAUUAUUGUAGCCUGAGAGUGGUUCUUUGGAUUAAGAAGUGAGACUGGUGAAAGAAAGAACAGUUAAGUCUGUAAAAAUAGAGAGGAACAGGAGUCAUUCAAACAAGAAAUAUUCUGUCAUUUCUUUUGAACAGUCCAGUCAUGAGUGAAGUCUGGCCUGAAUUUCAUUUUAUAAAGGUUUUGAAAGUACCACAUAAAAGAGCCUUGUAAGCAAACUCCAGAUCCUACCCCAUAGUCAAUGGUACUUCUAGACACAGAUUUGUUUGUAAGGACAAAUAUAAAUCUAAAGAAAAUUUUUUAAAAAAUUUUUUUCUGGAGAAAGUGGCUGCCUUACCACCCAGGUAUCACCUUGUUCAGAUGUUUUGGACACAUGAUACAAUAAAACAAUGAAAAUAAAAAUUUUUUUUUUCUGAUUCCAUAUUCCUUUUUCAAAAAAUAUUUCCUUUACAAAACUGGUAAUUCAAAUCAUUUUUCUCUGCUUUUGAGGUGUAUAUAAAGCUUUCAAAAAGCUCAAAAAGCCACUUGCCAGUUUUUCUUAAAUUGAGGUUAUCAUUGAUAUACAACCUUACGAAGGUUUCACAUGAGCAACAGUGUGGUUACUACAUUCAUCCACAUUACACUAUCGAGUUCCCCCCCCACACCCCGUGGCAGUCACUGCCCAUCAGCGUAGUAAGAUGCAAUAGAAUCAUUACUUGUCCUCUCUGU